UCGCUCUCUCGACUCGAGAAGUCGGCAGCGGCACACGAGCGCGAGUUCAGUCAAGUUCAGUUCAGUACCCGGUUAACAGCCGGCGAGGCGGCGGCGUGAUAUGGCGCUGUAAAUAUCAAAUACGCGCACGCCGCCUCUACGCGAUUUUAUAUCAUUUGUAAAUACGUUUAUACACAAUUAUUGUGUUAAAUUAAAUAGUGAUUGUGGACUUAAAUAAACGUUAAUCGGUUUUAUCACUGUUGUUUCGUUGGAUCGAAAUAUAAUUGGAUUUUAAUUCAUCUGUUUUUAAUGAGCAAUUUUGUGCAUUUGCGUCCUAAUAAUACGCUAAAUCACGUGAAAAUUUUUGUAGUCAACUAAUCAUCAGGUACUGAUGACGUUUAUGAGAAGCAUAGAUAAAGCCGGUGUGUUUGACGAUAGGUAACUAAUGUUAGACUACGUAACUGACAUUGUAUAUAAGUGAUACAGUAUAGUACUGAAAGGUAUUAUGAUUCAAUACAAACCUUCUACUUGGUGAUGUGUUAGAUAUUCCAUUUUUAAAUUGAUGAUUUCAAAAACAACAAUGGCGGAUCGAGAACGUCCUGCGAAAACCCCAAUAAGGGUGGGUUUUUAUGACAUAGAAAGGACUAUAGGCAAAGGAAAUUUUGCCGUUGUUAAAUUAGCGCGACAUCGAAUUACGAAGACUGAGGUAGCAAUUAAGAUAAUAGAUAAAUCACAAUUAGACGCCGGCAACCUUCAAAAGGUCUACCGAGAAGUGGACAUCAUGAAGAGGCUGGACCAUCCUCAUAUUAUUAAGCUUUAUCAGGUCAUGGAAACUAAAAACAUGAUCUACAUUGUUUCGGAGUAUGCUAGUAAAGGUGAAAUAUUUGACUAUAUUGCGAGGUAUGGUCGUAUGGCGGAGCAGGCCGCACGUCGGAAAUUCUGGCAGAUUCUCUCCGCCGUCGAGUACUGUCACGAGAGGCGGAUCGUGCAUCGGGACCUUAAGGCGGAGAACCUGCUAUUGGACGCGAACAUGAACAUAAAGAUCGCAGACUUCGGGUUCAGCAACUACUAUGCAGCGGGUGAACUGCUCGCCACAUGGUGCGGCUCACCGCCCUACGCCGCACCUGAAGUCUUCGAGGGCAAGAGAUAUACAGGCCCUGAAAUUGACAUAUGGAGCCUCGGGGUGGUGCUAUAUGUGCUGGUUUGCGGCGCACUGCCAUUCGACGGCUCCACGCUCCAGUCGCUGCGGGAUCGCGUGCUCUCAGGAAGAUUUAGGAUACCUUACUUCAUGAGCGAAGAAUGCGAAUCCCUGAUCCGGAAGAUGCUCGUCUUGGAACCCAUGAAGCGGUACACUAUUGAGCAGAUAAAGAAACACCGGUGGAUGUCGACGGAACCCUACACCGUGCCGAAGGUAGUUCCCGACCCGGUCAGAAGCCCCGCGCAUACGUCGACACAUAACGAGCCCAAUGAGCAAGUGCUACGUCUGAUGCAGAGCUUAGGAAUCGACCCUAUUAAAACAAAAGAGAGUCUUCGCUCAAACAGUUACGAUCAUCACGCGGCGAUAUACCUGCUGCUGCUGGAGCGUUUGCGGGCGCGCGCAGCGGGGGGCGCUAGUGCGGCCGCGGGGGGCGCGGGGGGCGCUGGGGUCGCGGAGGGUCGCCGCCCCUCGCGUCGCCCUUCCUCCGUGGCCGACCAAGCACUAGCGCGGGAGCUGCACGACGCUAGGCGAGAACAUCAUAAUAGAUUAUUACAUGCGGGGGAGGUUCAAACGAGAGAAUAUAGAGCGACGCCAAACAUCCCGUCGGUGUCGGGUGACGCGUCGUCUGCGGAGACGCAACGGCUGCUCUCGCUAGCCGGCGUCAAUAUGACCGAGCAGCGUCUCUUGCAGCGCAACUCCGACCCCACCGAGCCCCACAGGAGCUUCCUGGUCAGCAGCCUUGACGUGCCGCCCAGGAGCCACGAAACCGAGUCCACGAGGCUCCUCACCAUGAGAAACGUCGACGUCGCCCAAUCCAAUCAGAGGCUGGGCACAAAACUCGCGGAAAACUUACCCGCGCACAGGUUGCUCGGCGCGACCUACGAACAGCAACAGAAUAUACUGAAGCAGUCCAGCGAGGACUGUCGGCGACUUCUGCAGCAGUCGACCACCGUCGGACCCGACACCAACAAGGCAAACGACGGCGCCAGACUGCUGACCUCUUCCAGUUUCGAUUCAAAAUGUGCAAUAGACGGCGGACGUGCGGCCACCACCGACCAUAGCGUCAUCGCCACCUUCCUACAAAAUUCCGCCUCGGCGACUAAUUUCAAUUCGGACAACGUUAAGCUCCCGAACUCGACUACCUUCACUAUGUGCUCUGAAGCGGCCAAACUUAUGAAUACUCUACAACAAUCUCCUUUGCCUUUAAAGGGCACCGUCAAUCUCAGCACGAGUCCUAUACCCACUCAAUUUGCGGACAGCAAGUUGAGUAGUGUUCUGGAGCAGCCGAAGCCGCUGGAAUCGACGAGGCUCGUGGCUCAGGCUCAGCAGCAGGACCUGAAUCGUUUGCAAACGUGCACGCCGCCCUUCAAGGAUUACAUGAAUCAUCAUUUAUCCUCCUACUCGUACUUACAAGGCGGCGUGGCGCCCCCGAUGUCCACCGCGGGAGAAGGAAACUCUGCCAUUACAUCGACGGCGGGGGAUUUAUUUCAGAACGCCUUAUACAGGCCCGAUAGCAAGUUUUCUCUGAAUAGGUAUACGACUAGUCAGGCGUAUGCACAGAUGCAUCCCAGCACUGCCGCCGAGCCGUCCAAAUUUCAACAGCAGUACUCGUCGUCGACGGACGAGGGCUGCGAGACGGAUAUGGAGGACGUGGCCGCGGCGCCGGCCGCGCACCGCCUCGCCUCCUACGCCAGCUCUAGCUCCAGCAGCGGCGUCGUCACUUUUUUUAAUAACAAAAGUCUAAGUCAAAACCUGAGCUGCGAGUCUUCCCAAAGCAAUUUCUCGGCUUUCGAAAGCCUAGACUAUCAACUCUCAGACUGUUCAAGCGAGUUGGCCAGCAGCUUGCCCAGUUGCACGUCCAACGAGGAUAAAUUGGCUUACGAGAACAACUCCCUAGUUAAUACUAGUCCGAUGCAUCCGUGCGUUUAUAUAUCCUCGUAUAACAGCAAAACUCCCGGUACCGGGUUCAUAGCCCGGCACAAUCCCAUCAACUACCAGUCGGCCAACAAGAGCUGCCAGAGAACGAUGAACCGAAGCCCAGUCGACUUCAGGGAGGGGCGCCGCGCCAGCGACGGCCUCGUUGCGCAGCAGGCGGCGCAGUCCAGCGACCCGCAAAAAAAUAGUUUAGCCUUCAACAGUCAAAGGUUGAACGAAAACUGUAAAGCCAAGGGGGUCCUCGAGUUGCAUCUCGUGCAAAAGGAGGCGCAGAAAUUGAAAACACAGUACCAGUCGACGAUCCCGGCGGAGGAGAUGACGCAACGCCAGCUCCAACACAACCAGUUCGCAGCGAGCUUCACCUCACCCUACCAGGACACCAAGAACCCGACGCCGAAACGCAUCAGCCUGCCUGAAAGUUUUAACUAUUCGAGCACGUCGCCCCCGAUGCCCGCCAGCCCUAAGAUGAUGGCACAGCUGCAGGAGCCGGAGUUACAACACGCGGGCGCCGCACCGCCCAGCAAACCGCCGCUGCAGCAGCAGCUCAUGCAGCACCGCCUGUACCAGCAGAAGCGACAGCUGCUGCAGAAGCAGAUGACGCCGCCUAGCAUGUCAGCACAUGACCCAAACGCUAUGCAUUCUCUGCAUUCGCUGCACUCGCUGCAGGUCGGCCUCAGUCGGCGACACAUGCUGCGGCAGCAGAGCUACAAGAUCGCACAGCAGCAACAAAUUCUACCCCCGCUGCCGUUGACCGAGACGGAGAAUCGCGACUUGCUAGCGUUCCAGGCUAUUGUGGAGGACCCGAAUAGAACUAUAAAAAAAUCGGAUGAUAAUCAGGAAGAUACGAAAUUUGCGUAUCAGGGGUCGAUGGAGAUAAGCAUAGUGAACAAGGAUAGGUUGGGCAACGAGAACUGGUCCAACCUGCCGUCCAGCUUGCAGAGCGCCUGUCAGAUCUCGGAGUUGUCCGGGCGGCGGGAGGUGCGUGAGGGUCGGGAGGGGGAGCGCGAGGGUCUGGAGCCAGCGCUGUGGGCGGGACAGUGGGGCGCGGGCCUGUUCCAGCCGCAAGCCUGCUACCAGCCAUCUUGGCAAGGCCACAGUCUGCCACCAAGCAGCAAUAUGUUGCCGCUCAGUGAGAGUCCUAUUUUGGAGUUGACAGAGCAAAUGGAAUCCAUAUAAAAGUAUCCUAACGUUAUUGCAAUCGAUAUUCGAUAAAAUUGCAACAU